CUUGGGUUGACACAUCAUUGACAAUAUCAGCUGUUGGGAAGCUGGUGGCAAUUUUACCUGGCACGCCCUUGCUUCUUCUGUUUCUUCUGCUUCUUCUUUUCGCUCCUUCUGCUUCUUCGAUCAGUUUCUUCAACCAAUUGGUGACCCGAUCGCUUUGACGAGGAUCUUUGGUGGAUGCAGCAUUUUCCUGCGGUGCUUGACUCACCAAUAUAUGCAUGACCGAUCAAGAAAGGUCGUGCAAUGGUGUUGUAACUUGCGAUCAAUCAGAACAAGGGCAUUUUGCAGAAGCAGCUGCUGUUUGGGCAUACAUGCUGUUCGAGCAAAGAGAUCGAUCCUUCAGCUGGUUGUAAGGUCAGCAAGCUGAUGGACAUAGAGGCCAUUUGCGCACGAGUUGUUCAUGGCAAUAAGGCCUUAAUGCUGGACUGCCUUGACAUGGUCAGAUGAUCAGCCUCUAAUCAGCAGGAAAGAUGGCGCCAGAUCAGAGGGGCAGCAGCCAGACGUGGUUGAACGUUGCACUUGCACAGAAGCUAGCGUUCUCCGCAUCCUCAGCGGUGGUUGCGGAGACCUCUACUUAUCCAAUAGACAUCGUGAAGACCAGGCUUCAGCUGCAGGGCGAGGUUGGCAGCCUGAAAGGUGGCGCAAACGCCCGUGGGGCUUUCGGGACUGCCGCUGGGAUACUCAGGGAUGAGGGCCUCCAGGGUUUAUACCGUGGUUUAUCCCCCGCUGUUGGACGCCACAUCUUUUACAGCAGUAUACGCAUUGGAGCUUAUGAGAACCUGAGGGGCUUCUUCAUCGAGCCUGGCCAGGACGCCUCCUCAGUGGGGGUGGGAACCAAGAUGUUGCUCGGAGCGACAGCGGGCGUGAUUGGGCAAGUCGUAGCUUCCCCAAUGGACCUUGUCAAGGUCCGCAUGCAAGCCGACGGCCGGCGGGUGAUUUUGGGCGAGCCUCCUCGGUACCGCGGUCUGACGCACGCUCUCACGACCAUCGUCCGAAAGGAUGGGGUGUCCGGACUUUGGCGCGGGGUCGGUCCGAACGCCCAGCGGGCCGCACUGGUUAACUGCGGAGAGUUAGCGGCGUAUGACCAAGCCAAAACCCUGGCCCUUGGGUACGGUUUAAAAGAUGGGUUAGCGGCGCACACGGCAGCGAGCGUGCUGUCCGGACUGUCCGCGACGCUGUUCAGCUGUCCAGCGGACGUGGUCAAGACGCGAAUGAUGAACCAGGAACGGCAAGGAACCGUCAACUUGUACAGAAACUCCCUCGACUGCCUCGUCAAAACGGUGAAGAACGAGGGCCUCUUGGCACUAUGGAAGGGUUUCUUCCCCACGUGGGCACGCCUCGGGCCGUGGCAGUUUGUGUUCUGGGUCUCGUACGAACAGCUGCGGAAGGCUGCGGGUUUAUCAACGUUCUAAAGUUUCCAGACGUGUUGAAAUUCGUCCACUGAGUGAGUGUUUUGGUGGCCCGACCCGAAUUGCAUUACGGAUGAAUCCACCAGCCAAGGAUCGAGAGCGACUUCGUCCAAGGUAGAUGAUGAAGGAGGCACGCGAUUAGAUUCUCAAAAGUGAGCCAUUUUUCUCUAGAUGCACGUAAAGGUCGGACGAUAGAUCAUUUUUGGUCAGUUUGCCCCGACUUUACAGACCAGGCGGGUAAGAUAGAGAUACUGGUAUAGCAUAUUGCCAUAUUUGAGAUGUCGAACACUUCAAAAACGGUUGCCAGCACAAACAGUCAAAAUCUUGACGCGAUAAUACGACUUUGCAUGGUCAUGCAGAAACGUCGCUGCAUGACCAUCAUGCCCCC